AUGAGCCUCUUCGGACACCCUUGUGGUGUAAUCUCGAUUAUCGCCCAUGUCAUCCAAUGCGCCAGUUCAUUCAUCGUCCUCGGGAUCACAGCCUGGGCAGUCCGCGACACCAAAACCCUUACAGUGAUUUUCUGCCUAGUGGUGGCGGUCCUCACUCCAGUCUUCUACGGCAUAACAGUCAGCACCAGCUGCAUUACCAGAGGCCACAGAUGGCACGUUUUCCCUCUGCUUGUGACUGACGCAGUAAUGUCUUACCUCUGGCUCACUGCAUUCAUCUUCCUGGCUCUGGAUUUCAACCACGUCAGUUGCAGUGUCCACCCCUGGAACGGCCAGAGGGUAUGUAGCCGGAAGUAUUCGGCCGAGGCAUUCAGUUUCAUUGCAUUCUUUACUACACUCGUGGCUAUGGCAUUCGAGAUUUUGUAUACUUACCUACCGAAGAAGGAGACCACCCCAACGCAGGAGAGGACAAACGGGGUGACGAACUUGGAGAAUAAUCUCCGGGAUGCCGGGGUGAUGAGUGGUUGA